UCUGUGUGCUCACUUCUUUAUGCUCUGCACUACACACCUCAUGCUGUGAUCGGAGUUCAGACACAGUGUUUAAGACCUUAAUAUCUUAAUUAAACUAGCAGUAAAGUAUUUUAUAUAACAUUUCAUUAUCUAACAAGUUUCUUCAAAGCAAAUCUUAGAGAUAUUUAUCCUGCAACAUACCUGAUCUUCAUACUAACUGGAAUCGGAAUAUAGAGUUUAGUUCCUGCUGUAGAAGAUGGCACAGCUACAAUUUAAAGAUGCAUUUUGGUGCACAGACCUGACCCUGAAUUUGGGAUAUGAAACAAUCCUUCAGCGAUUACUCGAGGGAAGAAAAAUGUGCAAGGAUGUAGAGGAGCUCUUAAAACAACGUGCGCAAGCAGAAGAAAAGUAUGGGAAAGAACUGGUGCAGAUAGCAAAAAAGGCUGGAGGACACAUGGAGAUCAACAAACUGCGAGAGUCCUUUGAUAUGCUAAAGAAACAGAUUGAGAAUAUAGGUAACUCACACAUCCAACUGGCACUGACGCUGAGGGAAGAAAUAAUACGUUUAGAGAACUUCAGAGAAAAACAGAAAGAACUAAGGAAAAAGUAUGAGAAUGUCAUGGAACGACUGCAAAAGAGUAAAAUAUCAUUGUACAAGAAAACAAUAGAUUCAAAGAAGAGCUAUGAACAAAAAUGUAAAGAUGCUGAGGAAGCAGAACAGAACCAUGAACGUUUGGCAGCUACAGGGAAUCCAAAGCAAGUAGAGAAGAGUGAGAACAAAGUUAAACAAUGUAAAGAAGCAGCAGCAGAAGCAGAUUUGACGUACAAACGCAACAUAGAUCUACUUGAGAAAGCGCGUAUUGAAUGGGAGACAGCGCACAUUAAUAUCUGUGAGGUAUUUCAGCAGCAAGAGCAAGACCGUAUCAGCUUCCUACGCAAUUCCCUCUGGGUUCAUUGCAACCAGUUCUCUGCGCAGUGUGUGAAAGAUGAUGAGAUGUUGGAUGAAGUCAGACAGACUCUUGAAGCCUGUGAUGAGACUGCAGAGCUGAACUUCUUUAUCCAGUCUAGAACCACAGGAUUAAUUCACCCUGCUCCUGUGUUGUACGAGGAGUACAAAUAUAAAUUGCAGUCUGAGAGUAGUAAUGGCUAUAGCACGGCAGCCGGAAGCAAAAAGGUGAUGAAAAGAAUUACAAACUUGCUGCAUGGCUGUGGAGGAAGCUCUAGAAACUUGACAGAGCAGGAUACUAGUCCUGAAUUUACACAUGUGAGGGACGAUAUUGUCUAUGCCAGUAUACCUGUGGCAUCAGUGAUGGAGUUUUCCCAAACAGACACGAAAUCCCCAGACUACACAGUUAUGUACGAUUACACAGCUCAGAAUACUGAUGAAAUGAACAUCACAGCUGGAGAUGUGGUCACUGUGAUAGAGGAGGGAGAUGAUGGUUGGUGGACAGUCAAGAGAAAUGGAUGUAUAGGCUUGGUACCUGGCUCUUACCUUGAAAAACUUUAAAGGUGGCAGGAAAAGGUGUCGUGUGUGUCAUACAAGUUGUCUUUGUCUAUAAGCAUAUGACAGCAUGGCUACAAGGAUUUCCUAACUGUUUAAGACUAUUGAUGACAUUAUGUGCAGUAUAUCAUGCACAAAUAUUGUACAGUUUAAAAUAAAUAAAUGCAUUAAUAAAUAAAAACUCCCAAAUACCAUAUGUUUUAAACAAGGCUUCAUUUUGCAGUUCAGCAUAAAUAUAUCUUUGCCUUUUGAUGAUAAAAAAAAACUUUUCAUUGAAUAAAUCAUAAAACGUCUUCCUGCCAGUCUAUGAUCAAUGUAGAAUAGGUUUAAUUUUGUCUGACUUAAUUAACUGAACAUAUUCAUUAAAGGAUAUGCUUGCACAGAUUUAUUGAUUUAAGUAAACACUUUGUAAAUAAUAAUAGUGUACAAUAAAGAAGAAACAUUUGUUUAAAAAUGAAUGAAA